AUGCUUGGAUUCAUGAUGGAAUUGCUUCGUCAGCAGAGAGAGAUGAUGGCAAUGAACCAGCAGCUCGUUGCGACGAUGCUCCGGAGAAUGGAUCUGGAGGAAGAGAGAAGGAACAAAGCGGAAGAGAAAGUUCUUGAGGCAGCUGAAGCGGCCAAGCAGGCAGCAGAGGCAGCUAAGACUCGGGACCCCUUCCAGCCGAGCACUGCUCCCGCGAGCAGUUCUGCCGCUAGUUCGGCAGCUCCGGCAGUUCCGUCUCCCUCCGGGUACUCUGGUGCUGGAGGCCGUGCAGAGAAGUAUCUGCCGAACCUUCCGGUGAUAGACCAUCAAGGCAUGGGGAAAGGGCGCAUGAAGGAGGUAGAGACUUGGCACUCCUUUAUGGAGACGCUGAGUUCCUGGCUUGCCCUGCAGGAAGAAGCGUUUGUUCGGGAACUGCAGCUUUGUAUCCCUGUGAAGAAGGAGAUUGUGCAAGCUGACUUGAAUCCCGAGACUGCCGCACGUAGCUCCAAGCUGUUCUACUACUUGACGCAGUCCCUCGCCAAGUGGGAGCGGGGAAGCGAGCUCUUGAGGUCCUGCUCGAAGAGGCAGGGGCAGAGCGCCUGCGGCUACGAGGUGAUUAGAACGAUUACCUCUCAGUACUCCAUCGUGUCGCGGAUGGAAGCUGUCUUCGUGAGAGAACAGGCUUUGAAGUUGUACCAGCACGUUGGGCAUUUGAAGAGGCCCACCGACUUGAUUCGACAUCUUGAGGAUUCGUUUUCGAAGUCUGAAGCGAAGCUGAGCAACUUUCCGGAGCUUCUGCUGUCUGAGGCUGAUCGCUGCUCUGUCCUGUUACAGAGCUUGGGUGCAGAAGUACGUCAGUACGUGGUACUGCACGGGUCCAGCUCGAACUGGGAAGCUCUUCGAAGGACGCUGACUUACUACGAGGAGCAGCUGCGACUGUGUGAGGCCCCUGGGUCUUCGGGCCGAGCCUUGCAGGAGAAGCUUUGCGACUACUGCGGGAAGAAGGGACACACAGCCGACAAGUGUUGGCAGCGCCAAAAGGAAGAACGUGAACGCGGUGGUGCUCCGAAGGGCAAAGGGAAAGGAGACAAAGGAAAGCCGAAAGGCAAAGGCGACCAGACUCCCAAGGGAUCUGGCACACCCCGUGGUUCCGAGAAGGGCAAGGGCGACAAAGGAAAAGGCGACAAAGGAAAGGACAAAGGCAAGAAGCAGAAGAAGAAGAAGGGACAGCCUGGAAAGGGACGCUCCUUGACAGAGCCGGAGUCCGAGGCCGAGUCGGGAGGAAGCGCCACAGUGAUGGCGAUGAGGUUUUCCUGUCCUGGGCGUGGUUCUUCGGAGCCCUCUUCUUCGGAACGCCGUGUUCUGAGACAGCCUGAGAAGCCUGAGCCGUCCGCCCUUGUAGUUCCGAAGCCGGGUUCAGGACCCGAAGGGUCGCCUGGGUCUGAGAGUCGAGGUUCUGAGUCUAUGGGCUCCUUAGGAUCCCGUAUGUUGAAGUACGGCGACGUAGCUCAUGUCUGCAAGGCCCUCGAGACUACUCCUGGGGACCUGUGGCUAGUUGAUAGUGGAGCCACCUGCCACAUUGUUUCUGACAAACAUCUCUCAGGAUUUCGUGUUGUCAAGAAGUACGACCGAACGGCCAAUCUGUUCAACGCCUCGGGUGGUGCGAUCGUCGUAUCGGGGGUUGUCGACCUUGAGGUUCACUUUGGUGACGUUUUCCUGAGGUUGGAAGAGGUCUUGGUGGCGGAUGUUGGGUUCAACGUUGUUUCGCCUUGGACCGGGUCGGAACGGGGGUGGAAAACCUGUCUAGCCAAAUCGGGAUCACGAUUGUACAAAGGAAACGGAAAGAAGAGCAUCAAGCUGAUGGGCGCUUCGCGUGCCUGGUGGGCUCUGAGCGGGAGGUCCAAGGGCCGGGGGAAAGAGAAUUCUUCCAGACGCCCCCCGAAAGGGAUCGAGGACAUGGAGAUAGAUGCCUUGAAGGACAGCGACCUGCUAGGAUCGAGCAAGGAGUCCACCGCAGGACCCCAGAAGCCUGGAGAAGGAAUCCUGAAGAAAGGAAGAAAGACUUCGGAAGAAGACGAGUCUGGCCGCCACGCUUUGGCUGUUCCAGAUUCGCAGUAUUCUGAGAGCGAUGCUGAUGGUAGCAUUGCAGCUGGAAGCAACUGCGUGAGCCUAGGAAGCAACUGCGUGAGCCUAGGAAGUCUCCCUUUGGAGAUCAUAAUGGACGGUGCCAGCGGGGACGAGUUUACCCCGAGUGUUGCUUUGAGCAGCCCAGGCUCUCCUGGGAAUCCGCCUACUCCACCGGCUUUGGAGAGCCCCUCUUUCGAACUACCGGGGGUAGAGCCGCCGGGUGGGGGACCAUCGUCGCCGGUGGCGGUCUACCCGUCGCCAGUGGUGACGGAAGCAGCGGAGGAGAGCGAUGGGGAGGAGAGUUGGGGCACCCAGUGGCCGAAUCCUUCGAAGCGCCUGCGCGCUGGGGGUCCUUCAGAGGUCGAGGGGCCUGUUCCACCGCGGGUUGGAAUCCCGGCGAAUAUCUCGCCGGGCUCGCUGAGCCCUCCUUUUGGUGCGGUUCAGAUGGAUGUGGGAACCCAACUCCUCCUGAGGGCGUUGAGGCUGGAGGCUGGCCGCAGAUGGGAGCAUGCGGAAACGCUGGGCCUUGCAAAGGUCUCGGUCGACUCUACCGAGCCUAUUCCGUUGCUCUCGCACUUGGCGGGGAUUCCAGCGAACAUGGAAGAUGCCUACGAUGCCCCAUCCCUGGCGUUCUGUGCGCCAGGACACGCCUUGAGAGCACUUUGCUCUCCGGCGGCGACGAUGCUUGGUCCGAUAGGCCUGCCCGACCUAGAGCAUCCAGCUGCUUGGCUACCAGCCACUCCGGUGAUUCCUGUGACAGCGGCCUAUCCGGAGGAGCCAGUGAGGGCUUCGAGGCCGAAGAUGGUGGAAUCGGAAGCCCAAUGUAUCAUUGGGCAGCAGGAAUGGGAGGUUUGGUUGGGACGUUGCCUAGAGGGCAAGAGCCUGGCAGAGUACGGGCUUCAUAUGGUAGAUGUGGAGUUCGCUGUCAGGGUUACCGAACUUCUGGAGGCUCCACGGGCCGCUCGGGCAGCGUGGAAGCGAAGGUUUCAGGAACCCAACCCUGUGUCUAUGCUCCACUAUAUCUUCCAUUGUCGAGCCGUUUUGCAAACCUAUUUGGCUACGCCUGCUGGAUACAAGGGACUGGUGGGAGGACGUUCGAGUCUGCUCGUAAAGGUGCCCCAGUCGGUCACCUCGCUCGAGCUCAAAACGGCUUGGGCGUUCCUAGAUUCGGGCAUAUAUCUCCGUGUUGCCCGAUAUUACAGGCGAAAACGAGAGGAGGAGCGCCUCCACGAGGCCCGGGAAUCCAUGCGAGCGGCAAGGGCCAAAUCGGCAGCGAUUCCUCAGGGUGGUGUAGUGGACACCACCUCUUCGAGCUCCGACGAGGAGUCCUUGCUCCUUGGAGAAGGGGAACUUACUGCGCUGAACAGGGCCCAGGGCCAAGAAGAUUUAUCCGACCUCGCCAUAUGGCGCACAUUGGAAGAACUUACAGGCCAGAGGUUGUCCCAAUUGGAUGGCUAUGUUGGGGCGGCCGACGAGGGAAAUCAGCCCGCCGAGGCAGGACAGCCGGCGCCGCCGAGCCCGGCUUCCUCAAUGCCACCUGGAGAACUGGUGGCUACGGCAUUCAACCUCCCGAGGGUCUCGGCACCUACGCUUCCGGAGGGAAUGCAGAGGGAGGACUAUCGAAGGCACGGCGUGAACAUCCCGCCGUCGGUUCCAAAAAGAUCUCGGCUACCAACGCCUCCGAGGGCUAUGAGUGCGGCUGCGAGUGGUUCUGCCACCGGUGAGGCAAGCCCUCGAAGAGGGCCAGAGAUUGUUGGAGUGAAUGGUUUCACGCCAGGACUGGAUAUUGGUAUCAUCGUGAGGAAGCUGCAGAGAGAGAACCAGACCAUAGGUCUUGAUUUCUUCUAUUUCGGAAAACUGAGGGUACUCUUGAUGAUGCACCUCGGUUCUAAGUAUACUGUCUCUCUUCCUGCGAUGCACCUCGAUGACCCUGACCUGCUCCACAACAUCAACCGUGUGAUUCGCGAAAUGGGAUUAGUCGGUAAAGCGGUUACAUUUCGGAUGGACCAAGAAGCGGCUCUUGGAGCCCUUGCCGAGAAACUCACCAAGUGCGAUAGCAGCCCUGCCAGCGCAACUUUGAUUGACGUGGUUCCGGGCUACAGGCCCCAGUCGAAGGGAUCGAUUGAGCGGCAGGUUGAAACUAUGAAGCAGGGUUUCUGGUCUGUUUGGUUGGACCUGGAGAAAGAGGUUGCUAAGGUGAAGCAGGAAACGGAAGCCGUUGAGCUUGGGAAGUAUCGGUUACCUUUGGGAGGUUUGCUUUGGCAAGCCUGUGUUUUCUACGUUGCUAGGUGCUAUAACCUCUGGUGUACCAGCGUCGGGGAUUCGAGCACUAGCAUAGAUCGACUGCAUGAGGAGAUUGUGAACCGAACUCGGACGAGACCGUUCGGGUGUCUGGUUCAAGCUCAGGUCAGUAAGUCCAAGGCGCACCAUGAUAAGUUCAGGGGCGCCCGGACCGUGAAAGCGGUUUAUCUGGGACCGGUGCACGCCAAAGGUGGCGGCAUCUUUGCCGUCCCUGUCGGAAGCAGUGAAAUAGAUAUAUUCCCCGUCGCCAGAAUGAUUCAGGGAGGUGACAUCUACGAUGCCAAGACCCUGGAAGAGCUAUCUUUAGCUAAGCCUCUUCUGCAGGACACUGAGGACCCCGAGAGGCCCAUACUGUUUGAUCCGUUGGAGGCUCCUGGUGAUGAUGCUCCUGAUGAGGGGGCGGGUGUGGGAAUGGAUGAAGAUGGUGAUGAAGAGAUGAUCGAAGAUGAGCUUGGUGACUAUUCUCCUUCGGAAGCGCCUGAGAACCAGGAGGUUGUGAACGAUGAGGGGGAUAUGGAAAUAGACUGGCUCACGAAUCACUAUCUUGAGUCCCUGUUUCGAGGGCCUGACCUUCGAGCCGCCUCCACUGCAGUCGCAAAGUCGUUUGAUUUGAAGUUUGGGGGUACGAAGAUAAGGUGUGCUGUUCCCCAGGACGCUGUUUCUGAGACUUCGGGAGAGAAGCUAGAACCCGACCUCCUUUACGCAUCAAUGAAGCUUGAGUUGGAAGAGUUGGAGUCCUUUAAGGUUGGGGAAGUGAUCCCUGAGCGCGAAGCUCGCCGUCUUGCUAAGGAAAACGGCAGGCGAGUUUUGACUAGCAGGUGGGUCAACACGGUCAAGAAGAAGGGACUGUAUAGAUCUAGGCUAGUCGUGCGGGAUUAUGCCUCUAUGGGAGGCACCACCUUGAGUGAGGGAAUCUACUCUCCUACUACUUCAUUGGAGGGUCUGAGAUUGCUUCUAUCAAUGCUCUGCCGACGUGGCAGUGUGUUGUCCUGCGAUGUCUCGGUAGCGUUCAUGCAUGCUCCCGUAGCGAGGGCAGAAUUCGUAGAGUUGCCGAAUAAUGUGAGCACCCAGUGGACUGGGGAACGAGUUUUCGUCAAAUUGCGGAAAGCGAUGAACGGAUUGCGCUCUGCUCCAUUAUCUUGGUAUUGCGAGUUGGCUGAAUACUUGCGCUCUCAGAACUUCGAAGCAAGUUUGGAUCCCACUAUAUUCCGUCGUCUUACGAGGAAGGGUUUGACGAUUGUGUUGUUUUAUGUGGAUGACUUGCUGAUCUAUAGUGAAGAUGAAGCUGAGGGGCGCCGGUUCUACGAGGAGUUGCGUAAAAGAUACAAACUGAAACUUACGGGCGAGUUGAUUCAAGAUUGCCCCGGGGAAGUCUCGUUUCUCGGUCGGCGGAUCUUUCGCCGUAAGAAAGGGGAACGUACGGUGUAUUUCGGGCUAGACGAACAGUACCUGAGUUCCUGUUGCGAGGAGUACGGAAUCACCAAACCUGCACCAAAGCUCCCUUCCCUUGAACGCCGCUAUGCUGAGUUGCUGAAGAAAGGCCAGACUGAGCCGAUCAGUCCAGCUGCUCACGAAAGGUACAGAAGGACUCUGGGCCGUUUGGCCUGGGCGGCUUUAUCACGACCAGACCUGCAGUUUGUGUGUGGGUUUCUGGGCCGCCACCAAGCAGCUCCUGACGAGGCUGCCGAGACCUGUAUGAGGGAUGUCCUUCGUUGGGUCAAGGGUCUUCCGCACAAGGUCCAGAGGUUUCCGAGCAAAAGGGAGAUCUUGGAAGAUGAUGCGGACCCUGCCUCUGUAUCUUGUUUUACGGACGCGAGCUGGAGUCUGAAUUCGGUAAGCGGCGGAAUCAUCACGUGGGAGAACUGUUCCCUGAAAAGCUUCAGCAGGAAACAAACGACUACCGCACUCUCCAGUGCGGAAGCUGAACUCGCUGCACUCACAGAGGUUGCUCGUGAAGGGUUGUACAUUGCUUUGCUUGUGGAGACCAUCCGCGAGGGUAUGCCGAAAGACAAGGAAACCGGAAAGUGA